GACCUACGCUUUUUUGCACCGUAUUUUACCCUCUUCUCUUCUUUCAGUCUCUCACUACUCUCACGCGUACCCUUUUUUCACGCAUCAAUUUCUACUUUUAUUUUUUUUGCGUUUUGAUCGAUUCAUUUAUUGCCGUUGGAUCAACAUCGAUACUCCCAAAGUUUUACGUUUAGGCUUUGUGGAAUUGUGAUAUGCUCUUUGGACUGGACUCCUUAAUUCAACAGAUUUCUCUUCUCCGUUUUUCGUGAUCCGCGGCUGCCAUGUCUGGACCUCUAGAUCGGUUUGCAAGGCCUUGUUUUGAGGGCUCUUCUGGCAGUGAUGAGAGAAGAGAUGAGAGAAGAGAAAGAAAAUCUGAUUUUGAGAACUCAGAGGAUGAGAGGAAGACAAGAAUUGGUUCUUUGAAAAAGAAAGCACUGAAUGCAUCAACAAAAUUCAAGCACUCUCUCAAGAAAAAAAGCAGCAGAAGAAAGAGUGAUGGGCGAGUCAGCUCUGUCUCAAUUGAAGACAUUCGAGAUGCUGAGGAACUACAGGCAGUUGAUUCAUUUAGGCAAACACUAAUUUUGGAUGAAUUGCUGCCACAGCAACAUGAUGAUUAUUACAUGAUGUUGAGGUUUUUGAAAGCAAGGAAAUUUGACAUUGAGAAAGCAAAAAGCAUGUGGGCUGAUAUGAUUCAGUGGAGGAAGGAAUUCGGUGCUGAUAGAAUCAUACAGGAGUUUGACUUCCAAGAGCUGAAUGAAGUUUUGAACUAUUACCCUCAUGGAUACCAUGGCCUUGAUAAGGAGGGAAGGCCGAUAUACAUUGAAAGAUUAGGGAAAGUUGAUCCUUACAAGCUCAUGCAAGUCACAACAAUGGACCGUUAUGUAAAAUAUCAUGUAAGAGAGUUUGAGAAGUGCUUUGCCAUAAAGUUUCCUGCUUGCACAAUUGCUGCAAAGAGGCACAUUGAUUCAAGCACAACAAUUUUGGAUGUUCAAGGAGUGGGGUUUAAAAACUUUACUAAGAGCGCAAGAGAGCUCAUCAUGCGUCUUCAGAAGAUUGAUGGGGACAAUUAUCCUGAAACACUCCAUCAAAUGUUUAUUAUCAAUGCUGGUCCUGGAUUUAGGAUGCUAUGGAAUACUGUAAAGAGCUUUCUGGAUCCCAAGACUACUUCAAAGAUUCAUGUUCUUGGUAACAAGUACCAGAACAAGCUGCUUGAAUUAAUAGAUGCUAGUGAGCUGCCGGAGUUUCUGGGUGGAACAUGCACGUGUGCAGAUCAGGGAGGGUGCCUUCGAUCUGAUAAAGGGCCAUGGAAGAAUCCACAGAUACUGAAGAUGGUUGGUGAAGCACGUCGUUGCAAACAGGUUGUUAAAGUUUUAAACAGUGAAGGAAAGGUAGUUUAUGCCAAACCUCGCUACCCAAUGGUAAAAUUCAGUGACACAUCUACUGCUGAAUCGGGGUCCGAGGCUGAAGACAUUGCUUCACCAAAAGCUACACGGAGUUAUUCACAUCUUCGCCUAACUCCUGUUCGUGAAGAGAAACAGGCAAAGACCAUUGGGGGGACAACAAGCUAUCCUAACAACUUUUCAGCAUAUGAUGAAUAUGUUCCCAUGGUUGACAAGGCUGUUGAUUCUGGAUGGAAGAAGCAAGAACCUUUUCAAAAGCCCUGCCCUCCUAAAGGGAUGCUUCCACCACCAAAUUCUCCAAAGAGUCCAGAAGGACUUUCUGCUCGGAUAUUAGGUGCUCUAUUGGCGUUCUUCACAACUGUCUUCAUGCUUUUGCAUUCAUUUGCAUUUCGCACAACCAAAAAACUUCGUGAUGCAUCCUCUGUGCCACGCCAAGCUGAUGCUUCUAACACAAUUCCAAAUGAAGAGUUUCGGCCCCCUUCACCAACACCAACCUUUACAGAAACUGAACUACUCUCCACUGUACUGAAGAGGUUGGGUGAACUUGAAGAGAGAGUCAACACACUUCAAGAAAAGCCAUCAGAGAUGCCUUACGAAAAAGAGGAAUUGUUAAAUGCUGCUGUUUGCCGAGUGGAUGCCCUAGAAGCAGAGUUAAUUGCAACCAAGAAGGCUCUGCAUGAAGCUUUGAUGAGGCAAGAGGAACUUCUUGCAUACAUUGACAGACAAGAAGAAGCCAAGUUCCGCAAAAAGAAGUUCUGCAUGUUGUAAGAUCCUCGGUUGUGGAGAUUCCAUCAUGCGAGCUCAGCUCGAUUGAGAUUCAUCUUUUUUUCAUACGUAAAUGUUCCGUGAACCAUCCUGGAUGCCCGAGGAUUUUGCAUCAGUAGUGUGCACCUUUCGUUUAUGGAAUCAAAACACUAGUGCAAAACAAAACAAGGAAAAAGAAAAUUGUACUGAAGACAGAUAUUUGUUGGGUUCUUUAAAAUGCAUGCAAGUUUUGUGCAACACUGUUUUUCA